AUGCCACCGCGUCGGCGUUUACCAGCGGGGUCAAGAACGGACCUCCCGCCCUUGAAGAUUAUCCGCAAGAUCCUCCUGCUCCAAGUCGCCUACUAUGCCUGCGCAACGGUGCUUAUCCUCUUCACCACGGUCGUAUAUGGCGCACCGUUCUCGCUCGACCUGGUCUUUGGAUGGGACUACUUAAGAGGGGACACAACGGUGGGCUGGAUGCUUGGGCUAGUGUGGUUGUUGAAUUGUUUCAUCUGUGUCAUCUUCCUCCUCCUAUUCGUUUCGCGCUCCAAGCUCGUCCCCGAUUUCGCCCUGACCAUCCACUUCCUGCAUCUCGUUGCUACUAUUCUUUACACCCGCUCGCUUCCUGCAAACCUCUUGUGGUGGGCUCUCCAAUGUGCUAGUGCCUCCAUGAUGGUUUUCCUGGGGAUGUGGGCCUGCCAACACCGUGAACUCAAGCCGAUUGCAUUCGGUGGCUGGGGCGACGGCAGUGCCACUGGGUCUUCCCAACAAGCUGCUGACAACGCUCAGAACGAGUCGAGUUUCGGACGGGGCCGUGGCCGCGAGCGCAGCGUGCAGAACGAAUACGAAUUGGAUGAAAUGAAUACGAAGGGGGAUCGUGCUGUAUAG